GGAGGAUUCCUUGUGGCAAGUCUCUCCCUCCUCUCUCUCUCUCCUUUCAGUCUGCUGGAACAACCACACCCUCACCUGGGUGGUUUGACUGCUCCGCACCUGGUUUCCGACUUUAACACCAGUUGAAAAAAAACAUACCGGGUAGGAAUUGGCAUUUUGAAAGUGCCAUUUUCAUAAUUCCGAGGCAUACUUCUGUGUAAAAAAAAAAAAAAAAACACCACCACCAAAAAAACUGGCAGCUAAUUUGAAAAUGCUCGGAGGGCACGCUUCAGUUGCGGCUUCUUGUUAAGCUCUAAAAAAGGAAAGGAAAGGAAAAAAAACAAAACAAACAUGAGCAGCGCGGAAGACGAAGGAGGAGGAGGAGGCAGCGGAGGCAAAAUAGCUAAAUCUGAAAAGGACCAGAGUUGGAUCCCCAAAAUCAUCAAGAAAAGAGUGUGCACCACCUUUGUAGAAGAUUCUUUUAGUAAUGGCAGGCUGUGCCAGUGUGGAGGUGCCAGAGACACCCAUGCUUCGGUGGCUCUUGGUGACUAUUUCAGCUCGGCGAUUGUCAACCACUGGGACAGCGCGCAGCACUCCUCUGAAUACCCGACUGACGCCUUCGGAGAGUUGCAGUUUGCAGGAGCCAGCAAGAGGCAUAGCUAUUUCCUGCGCAUGUCAUGGGACACCCCACCCUCUAUGGUCUACACCCUGAUGACAGCCCACUGGGGUCUGCCUGCACCCAACCUGGUGGUUUCUGUGGUGGGUGGCGAAGGCAGGGCGAAGGUCAAGACCUGGGUCCGGGAGGUGCUUAGACAGGGGCUGGUCAAAGCCUCGCAAAGUACAGGAGCCUGGAUAAUUACAGCAGGCCUGCGUGAAGGUGUCGGCAGGUGUGUAGGAGAGGCGGUGAGGGAUCAUGCCACCGCCGCCGCUUCAGUCUCCCUAAACAAGGUGGUGUCACUGGGCAUCGCUCCCUGGGGCCUUGUGCACAACCGGCAGCAGCUGGUCAACCCUCAGGGCAGCUUCCCUGCUAAGUACUACGUCCAGAAUACGUCCCGGGACUCUUGCUGCCUGGACAACAACUAUCAGGCCUUCCUGCUGGUGGAUGAUGGGAGUGAGGGUCGCAGAGGAGGGGAGACUGGCUUCAGAGCCAGGCUGGAGGACUACAUCUCCCACCAACGCACAGGCAUCUGGGGUAGCGGCAGCAUCGACAUCCCUGUCCUUUGUAUGCUGGUCUCAGGAAAUCCAUCUAUGCUGGAGAGAGUGGAUCUCUCUCUGAAGAACUCCAUUCCCUGGUUGGUGCUGGCCGGCUCAGGGGGCGUGGCUGACUUCUUGAGUGACAUGCUGGAGAACCUGUCAUCUGCUACUGCUGUGUCGUCCGCCGCUGAGGGAGACGGCGAGGCGGCACCAAGUGUUGACUUGAAAGACAGAGUGACAGAACGGGUUAGGAAAUACUUUCCUACUGAAGCGGACACUGACAAACUAGUUGAACGGGCUCUGAGCAUCUACCAGAACAGAGACUACAUCACAAUCUACCACGGAGAACAGGAGGGACCAGAUGACUUUGACACCGUCCUGCUCAAGUCCUUGGUGGGAGCUAGUAAGCAGCGCAUGUCAACUGAUGCCAGCCCCUACACUGAGGAGCUGAAGCUGGCAGUCACCUGGAACAGAGUGGACAUCGCCAAGAGUGAACUCUUCAAUGGAGACAUCCACUGGACGUAUGCAGACCUGGAGGACUCCAUGACAGACGCGCUGGUCAACAACAAGCCUCAGUUUGUGCGUCUCUUCACCGAAAACGGCCUCAACAUCCUGGACUACCUGACCUAUGGCAGGCUUGAGAGCCUCUACCGCUCGGUGGCUGAUGGCACGCUGGCCUACCAGCUGCUACAGCGCCGCCUAGUGGAGCGGCAGGGAAACUCGGGCUCAGCACACUCAGUGGCCAACCUGCUGGACUCAUCUGCCAAAGUGACAGCGGGGAGCACAAUGAGCGGGCCGGCGAAGGAGCUCAGCCUUUUUGAAGUGUCGCGGGUCCUGGAAAUGUUAAUGGGCGAUGUGUGCAAGCCUUUCUACUUUGAUGUUCUGGGCCUGGAAAACAUCUCGUCAAAGAGGAGGGCUCUCAGGCGGGCCAGUAAGCUGCUGCGUGGAGACUGUUUGUACAGAGAGAAGCGCUGCCUAUUCCCCUGGGCUUCGCUCUUUAUCUGGGCCGUCCUGCAGAACCGCAGUGAGAUGGCCGUCUUCUUCUGGGAGAUGGCAGGGGAGUCUGUGCUGAGUGCUCUGAGCGGCUGUAAGAUGCUGAGGGAGCUGUCCAAGCUGGAGAGUGAGACGGAGACCAAGCUGUCCAUGAAGGAGCUGGCACAGAGGUUCGAGAACCUGGCACACGAUGUGUUCAGCUCUUGCUAUCAGAGCAGUGAGAGUCGCUCCUUCACUUUGCUGAUCCGGAAAUCUCCGGUUUGGGGCGGGACCACCUGUCUCCAGAUGGCCAUGUCUGCCGACGCACGCCUUUUCUUCAGCCAAGAUGGAGUGCAGUCCUUCCUGUCCCAUAUCUGGUGGGGUGACAUGAAGAGGAACACGGAGGUGUGGAAACUCCUCCUCACCUUCUUCUGCCCGAUCCUCUGCUACACCAACCUCAUCUCUUUCAGGGAACAAGAGGACCAGCAGCAAGAGGAGUCGGGGAAGCCAAGCGAGGAUGCUCUGGGCCGUGACAACGACAGCCUCUACGGCACCACCGUCUUCUCUUUCUCUGACAUCAAGCACAUUGAGGCUGAGGCACAGGGACCAAACACUCCCAGAUCAGCAACUAUCAAAGGCAUACCCCACACUCGCAGCCCACCCAAGCGUCCUUUCAUUGUGUCAAGAUGGCGUCAGUUCUGGUUCGCGCCUGUCACCGCCUUUCUGGGCAACGUGCUGAUGUACUUCCUGUUCCUCCUUCUUUUCGCCUACGUGCUACUGGCCGACUUCAAGCCUCCACCUCCUGCUGGUCCGUCCAUUGCUGAGUAUGUGCUGUACUUCUGGGUGUUCACCAUUGUGUGUGAGGAGAUCCGCGAGACAUUCUUUGUGGGAAAUAUGACUUGGCGCCAGCGGUUGAGGCUGUACAUGCAGGAUGUGUGGAACAAGUGUGAUCUUACUGCCAUCAUCCUCUUCAUUAUUGGCCUGAUCUGCAGGAUGUUCAAGUUGUCAUAUGAGUAUGGCCGUGCGUUUUUGUGCGUGGACUACAUGGUCUUCACCCUGCGACUCAUCCACAUCUUCGCCAUCCACAAACAACUGGGACCGAAAAUCAUCAUUGUUGGCAAGAUGAUGAAGGAUGUCUUCUUCUUCCUCUUCUUCCUGGGGGUGUGGCUUAUGGCAUAUGGAGUAGCCAAUCAGGCACUUCUUUACUCCUACGAUCCCAAUCCAGAUCGCAUCUUCCGCCGGGUCUUCUACAGACCAUACCUGCACAUCUUUGGACAAAUUCCUGUGGAGGAGAUAGAUGUGGGGAAACAGUGGGACAUGCCCUGCACAGACAACAUGACUGACAUCGAGGCCGGCGCCGAGCCGUGCAGGAGUCAGUACAGCAACUGGCUGGUGGUAAUUCUGCUGGUCAUUUACCUGCUCGUCACCAACAUACUGCUCAUCAAUCUUCUCAUCGCCAUGUUUAGCUACACCUUCUCUAAGGUGCAGGAGAACAGUGAUGUCUACUGGAAGUUUCAGCGCUACAACCUGAUUGUGGAGUACCACUCACGUCCCUCCCUGGCCCCCCCCUUCAUCAUCCUCUCUCACCUCCACCUCAUUAUCAAGAGAAAUAUCCGCAAGAUGCCAUCCGUCAAGAUCCACCACUUUGUAUUGGAGUUAAAAGGCAAAGCAGCUAACAGGUUGAUGACAUGGGAAACCAUCCAGAAGGAAAACUUCCUGACCAACCAGAGCAAGAUCCAGAAGGGCAGCGACUCCGAGAGGCUCAAACGAUUGUCUGCCAAGGUGGACAGUGUGCUCAAACAUCUGACUGAAACCAGAGACUUUGACCACAGGCUGAGGGCUUUAGAGAAUGAGAUGGAGUAUUGCUCAAAUGCUCUGAGCUGGAUUGUGGACACCUUGGCACAAGGCAGCACAGCCAGACCUGCUCGACCUCCACCUCCAUUUAGAGGAAUUUCUCAUGAGUUGUGACCUCAGCGCCUAACUCCGUGCAUUACAAAAGAAACUGUACAAUGAUGCAUUCCCCACUUCCUCCAGCUCUGCCUGAAGCAACCUUGGUGUGUGUCUACAGUUGCUUUGGGUCAGAAAAAAGCAAGACUGAAGCAGUCUCUUACACCAUGUCUCUGUCACCACUCGUGCAGCUGUCUUGCUUGACCAUAAUGUUUAUCCUGCGUUCGCUUGCCAAAUUUCCUUUAUGGUCCUCCUGAACUGAAAGGAACGGGGAGAGGGAACCGGCACUACUCUCUCACAGUAUUAAAU